AUGAUCGACGGCAAAAACACUAUGCUGGCUAUGUCUGAGCUUCAUCAACAGCAAUUUCUCGCUCACUACGUGGGAGCGACAGACACAAAGGGACAUGCAUUGUCGCCUGACGAGAAACUCGUUUCGUGGCUUCUUGAAAGACAAUUCUCUCGCGAUGCUCAAAACCUCCCACGAAAAACCAACCCCAAAAAUGAUUUUAACUCUGAAGAUUCUGAUACAGAAACAAGUGGAAAGAAAGAUGUCGCUUCGGAAGCUCAAGGAUACAUUAUUCCUCAAAAGACUUCAAACUUGGAAGAUGUUUUCAGACAACUCACGAUGAAACUUGCGGAGAUCCGAGACAAUGGCGUCGUGAACACAAAAGAGGAAAUCUUUGAGGUUCUCGAGAGUUGGAGAUUUGGAAGAGAUCAAGAUGCUGAAACACAACGGAUGGAGCGCGAAGUGUUGCUAUUUGGAAAACUGAUCAAACAAGGGGACAUUCGCUUCAACAAUGCGAAGAUUACACAAGACCCAGUGAUCAUCAAGGCGAUGAAUGAACAUGAACAUAACAUACUCAAGGCUGAACCACUUACUGAAAGUGAAGCGGAGGAAAUUCAGAAUAUCUUCACCCUUCCAAAGCAAAGACGAUGGCAACUUUAUGCAUACUGGCGUCAAAAUCUGAUUAGGCGAACCAGAGCCCUCUUACCCGAUAUCAUGACUACUUACAAGAAGUGUUGUGACGCAAUCAAGGAUUAUCGCUUAUUGGAAGAUGCGAACAUCUUGCGAAAGUCUUUGGUGAUCGGUGCAACGACAACUGGGGCAGCCAAAAAUCGAAAGCUUCUGGAAAUGUUAAAGUGCCGAAGCGUAAUUGUGGAGGAAGCCGCCGAGGUUUUGGAAGCCCAUGUAUUGAGUACUUUUCUUCCUUCUGUUGAGCAUGUGGUACUUAUUGGUGAUCAUGAACAACUGCGACCGAAUCCAUCCGUUUACAUGCUUGCUCGCGAUUAUGGUCUUGACUGCUCCCUUUUUGAAAGACUCUGCAAGAACAAGUUUCCCUUAACAACCCUUGAGGUACAACAUCGUAUGAGAGAGGAAAUCACAAAGAUAAUCGUCAGACCUCACUUCUAUAAAAACCUCCUUGAUCAUGAUGAUAUCAAACAAUACCCUGCUGUCAAAGGAUUAGAUAAAAAUCUUUUCUUUUGGACGCACAAAUUCGAGGAAGUCAAUUUGGGCACUGAUUCAGUCUCGCAUCGCAACGAUUAUGAAAUUGUGCAAGCCGUUGAACUGACGCGAUAUUUGCUGAAACAGGGUGCUUACGAGAAAAACGAGAUCACCGUACUUUGCACUUACGCAGCGCAAACCACCGCCAUGAGAGAGGCUAUUAGCCAAUUGGGAACAACUAUUGAUGGUCGUACUGAAGUGCCCGUUGAAACGGUUGAUGGAUUUCAAGGAAAAGAAAAUCGGGUCAUCAUUCUGUCGCUUGUCCGAUCGAUCAGUGAAUCAAAUACUGUUGGCUUUUUGGGAGUAAAAAACCGAAUUUGUGUUUCUUGGACACGAGCUCAACAUGGGCUCUAUGUGCUCGGUAAUAUGGAGUUUUUGGCCACCAAAUCAUGUUUAUGGCAAGAGUUAGCUACUUCUCUGACAACGGAGGGAAUGGUCGACUAUUAUCUUCCAAUUCGUUGUAGCACACAUGGACGUCUUCAAAAAAUUGGAUGCCCUGACGAGUUUACUAAAAAAUCUCCGGAGGGUGGCUGUGAUAUGGAUUGUCUGUCAUCAUUGCCCUGUUCUCAUAAAUGCCCUCGAAAGUGUCACCCAAUUGAUGAUCACGAGAUAUGGAAGUGCGAAACGCUUGUGUUGAAGACAUGUGCGCGAAAAGUCCAUCAAGCUGAAAAACUUUGUUGCGAGCAAUAUGGACCUUGCAGUCGAAUGGUGGACAUCAGUUUGCCUUGCAAUCACAUUACACAAAUCGCAUGUUUUAUGAAUGAUUCGGAAGCCCGCUGCAGUCACAGAUGCGAACAAUCCUUACCAUGCGAACAUCAAUGUGCUAAACGCUGCAGCGAGCCAUGUGACGUGAUUUGCAAUCAAUUGGUUCCAAUGCCUUUCUCUGAGUGUCCAUAUGGACAUACAACGAAGAUUCCAUGCCAAGAAGUCGCGCGUUUCCUAGAGAGGAUGGUUCCUUGCGAUCAGCCUUGUACGGAGAUCCUCGUGUGUGGUCAUAAAUGCUCAAACAAAUGUGGUGACGACUGUACUUUUGAGUGUCAAAUGAAACUGAAACGAAAGAAAAAAUGUGGACAUGACGUGGAAAUGAUGUGCUAUGAGGAUCCAGAUAUCGUCAAAUGCCAGGAACUUGUUUUGCGUAAGUUGAACGGAUGUGGUCAUGAGAGUAUGGUUCCUUGCUUUGCUGGUAAAAGUCAAAAAUAUUGCACCAAGGUUUGUUUGAAAACUUUGGAAUGCGGGCUAGGCAACAGCAAACAUACUUGCACAAGAAAAUGCGGAGAAUGUUAUGAAGGCGGGCAUAUGUGCACAUCGACAUGCGAAAAAACAUUUACUUGCGGACACCUUUGCUUGGCCAGAUGUGGAGUUGCAUGCCCACCAUGUGAACAACCUUGCUACACUCAAUGUGAACACCAGAUUUGCGGAAGACCCAAAGGACCCGAGGAUCAUCGAAUUGGUUUUGAUCGAACUUGUCCAGGGCUGUGUGCUUUAUGCAUUAAAGCCUGUUCGAACAGCUGCGUGCAUCGGGCUUGUAGUAAAAAAUGCUUCGAGAUAUGCGAUGUCUCUGCCUGUAAUGAACACUGCACGAAAGCACUCAAAUGCGGUCAUCCAUGUCUUGGUUUCUGUGGAGAGGCUUGUCCAGAUCUAUGUUUUUCUUGCGGCCGCCAACAAUAUGAUUAUUUGAUCAAGACCUUUGUUUCGUCGGAUCUCGCCACCGAAACUGCUUUGAGCCAAUUUGUUAAGCUGAGUUGUUCACACAUCUUUCCUGCAUCGUUUCUUGAUACCCACGUCAAAGGCUGCCGUGAAAAGAAAACCAUCGUUACGUGUCCGCUCAAAAACUGCCGCCUUCCUAUUCAGCUUUCUCAGCGUUAUAGUGGAGCUUGCAAGCGAGCUAUUAUUGCACGAGAAAAGGAAAAAGCUGUUCGUCUUGGCCAAGCAUCUGUCCUACUCAGUGUUACUGAUCAAACGCAACCGCAAGACGCAACAAGGUCUUUGCUGAUACGCAUCGCCAAAAUUGCACAAGAUUUGAAAAGCUCACAACCUGGCAAGAAAAAUACGACAAUUACGAUUCACGAUAGAUUCACGGCUCUUUUACGGCUUGCAAAUAAAUUUGAGCAGUGUUUACGGGUCAAAUCACUUGUACAGGAUAUUGACUAUGGUGGCGCUGAGAAUUACUUGGAGUGGCAUAAUUCGCUCAGGCUUUUGGAGUGUCUCGUUCAGUUGCACCGAAAUCUCCAGUUCAAUCAACAGAAAAAGCUCAAGAAAAUUCCACAAGCCCGUCUCUGCUGGUUGAAUCAAAUGUUCACUUUGCUGCAAAAUGAUGUAUCAAGUGUCGAAGAUGCUUUAAGCAGUCACAUAUGCGAGCUUGCCAAUGUCGUUGAAGACAACCUUGGUUCACGUUUGCCAGGAACUUAUAUUCCAUUGGUUUUGUUCGAGAUCCACAAACUGGCCUUUAAUGUUACGUUCUUGAUGCUUUUCCGUUGCAUUUCUGGAGCCAUUGACAAAGUUGUCGAUAUAACAAAGGAUCAGUGCAAAGAGAUCGAAAAGUUGGCUCGCAAAUUUCAAUCAACAGACAGGCACAAUGAACGACAUUUGCUUUUUGGUAUUUUGAUGGCGUUGUUGAACAGAGAAGUGCUGCUACCACAAAAGAAAGCUUUAUCUGGUUUUCAAAUGCCAGACUUCAUUUUUCCCAAAUUU